AUGUUCAAACUCUUCGGAGAUCGCGCUCCUUCAUCGCCUCCGAACCCUGCGAAGCUCCAACUCCGACCUAACGAAUGCCAAGUGCUCAGCCUGCCUGACGGGCGCACGCUUGGCUUCGCAUCCUAUGGCUCUACGGACCCUUCUCAUCCUGUCGUCUUCCUCUUCCAUGGUCUUCCAGGCUGUCGACUGGUCGGAAGAAGUUGGGACAAGCUCUGCAGGGACAUCGGCGCGCGUCUCAUCGCCAUCGAUCGGCCGGGCUGUGGAAACUCGACUCUCGCUGAUCGUGGCCUCGUUGACUGGCCUGGUGAUGUCGUGAGCCUCGCAGACCAUCUCAACGUUGAGCGUUUCAGCGUAUUAGGUGCCAGCGGAGGCGGACCGUACGCUUUGGCUUGCGCACGCUUCAUUCCCAAGGAAAGGCUUCGAGCCACAACUGUUGUGUGCGGUAUUGGGCCUAUCGAGGCUCUCCUAGAUACAGUGCCCUAUCUCUCAUGGCGUCUCAUGGGUAUAACACCAUGGCUCUUGCGACAAGGAGCCCUCCAUCUCUUUCUGCCCCACAUCCUGAUCCGUCCCUAUCUCACUAGAGACCCUUCUCGCCUCAAGCGCGUCCUCGAAGACCAAGCCAGAACCCCAGAGGAGAAAGAACAAUUCCGCGAUGAAAGCGGAGAUACCAACCUUGACGACGUUGUCGCAUCACUGCUUGAAGCUUUCAAGCAGGGCCCGGGCGGUUGUAUGCAGGAUGGCGCUGUGCUUACGAGAGAUUGGGGAUUUGAAUUGAAAGACGUAGAGCACGAGCGAGUGUGGCUAGUGCAUGGCGAUCAAGAUGCGCAGGCACCAUUGAAAGUUGCCCAGUGGAUUGACGAGCGGUUAGGGGGCGGGAGACUCAAGAUUCUGGAAGGCAAGACACAUUUUACGAUCUGGAAAGAACACUCAGAGGAGAUAUUUCGGCAAAGCGCUGAGGCGUAG